AUGAAGGCCGAUGAGCUUCUGGCCAGUGCCGAUCACUUUCGGGUUUCCCGCAUCGGCCAAUCCACCUGCAGCUUGGACGGCAUCAAUGGGCCCUCCGUCACAUCACCGCCAUUCGAUCGUCUGGUCUGCCCGCCCCUUGGUUCGAAUGGCUUUGAGAGGCGCUUGGCGCUGUCCUCACCGAGCAUCUGCGAGUUGCCUGAUCUUGCCUGCUUCCACCCAUUCGACUUGAACCCUAUGGUCACAAGAUCUCGGCGGCUGCAUGUCACGGAGCUUGGUGACAGGAUGGCUCCUGUCUAA